AUGGCGAAUGAGAAUUCGAUCUGGAAUGAUGGUCUUCUUGCCGGCGCUUCUGAAGUUGGCAUUGUCACGUAUGAAGAUUAUGGAACGCCAGAUAUACAUGAGAAGGAAGUUCAAACUCUUGUUGAAAGCAACUACAGUGUGAAAGUAGAGCGUCUGGAAGAGCUUGUCAGCUGUGUCGAUCAGAAUUUUUACGUAGUUGCAAAAUGUACAACCGGGAAAAACGCCGAAUUUGUUUUGAAGAUAUUGUGUUUGAAAAAAUCGAAGCAACCACGCGUGGUCGAGGGUAUGAUCAAGUGCAUGUUAUAUUUCAAUGACAAGUCUAUUCACGCCCCCGUGCCAGUGAUGCGAGAUUCGGGAGAUUACGUGACACUGUAUAAGACUGAAUAUGGAUAUCAUGCUGUGUAUAUGCUGAAAUAUAUAAGUGGAAUGUCAUACAGUGAAAUUCUACAACCAUCUGCCACAAUGAGUUACAAUGCAGGUAGUCUACUUGGCCGUAUAGAUAAUGCACUCAGGGUAGAUAUGCAUUGA